UGUGUCAUUCAAAAGAGCAAUUUAUGUACAUUUUAUACGUGUCAGAAUUGUUAUUUUUACUUUUAUAAUGUUGCUACAGUUGCAAAUAAUAGUAUUUUGUUAUGCGCGCGCUAGACUAUAAAGGCGCGCGCUAGAUAAUAAAGACGCGCGCUAGAUAAUUAUAGGCGUGACAUAGUAGUGCAAAGGUCAUAGAGGGAGGGAACUUCGCAUGACGAUUCUGAAGGGUUAAAAAGAAGGAGCGUUUUUCUUCAAUUUUUUAAAAUGUUUGCGGUAUGUAUAUUGUUUCAAGCAACAGUUUUUAAAGUCACGUGUUGUCAGUUUGUACAUGUACACACAAAGAAGGAUCCGGGAAAUUUAAAGUGUUGAUGACCCGUCAAAUAAAUUAUGGAGUGCUUGCCUGACGAAUUAAUAGUAGAACUGAUGACGUUCUUGGAACCAAGAGAAGUCUGCCGACUUUCAGCUACUUGCAAGAAGUUUAGAAGAAUAGGAAGAGAGCCAUGCAUCUUCAAACAUGUCUCGUUUAAGAAUUGCAUAUGGAUUACAAGGAAGGGUUUGUCAUUGUUUCUUAGUCAAUAUGGUACCCUUAUUACCAGUCUCAGUUUAAGGCAAUGUCAUCACAUUGGAGGAAACACUCUUAAUCAACAGAAGGAGACUUUAAGGAGUCUUAGGGAUCUGGACAUUGUUGGAUGUGGUUUUAAUCUUCUUGAAAUUAUUAAAGCAGUUGUUGGCCUUAAGGAACUUGUCAAUCUGAAGAUGGAUGGUUAUGCUGGCAGUAGUAAUUGCUGGACUCACACAAACGCUUCUAUGCAAGAAAGUUUUAUGGCAGCAAUUGCUCGACUUUGUUCUUUGACUGUAUACUAUCAAUCAGUACAUGCCGUCAGCAUCAUGAACCAUGUUUUGUCUAAGACAAAGGACAGAAGUCAGCUGAUGAGCUACACGGCUGUGCUGAAUCCAAGACAUAUGGUAAGUGCAGCAAGAGCACCAAAGAAUCUAACAUCGGUGGAGAUAUACAGCUAUUCCUCUGAUUUUACAAUGUCUCGGUCAUCAGCUACUGGUCUUAGCCUAAUUUCUGACUGUUUGUCAAACUCACCUAGGCUUAAAACAUGUUGCUUGUCAACAGCUGCAUACUCUGGAAUUCCUGUCACAAUUUCAUCAAAUUUACCUUUUGGAGACAAUCUAAGGAGUCUUAGACUUGCACAUUUGAGUCUGAAUGACUCUGUUUGCUCAGUCAUUGCUGUUGCAGCUUUUGAAUUGGAAGAGCUUGAUCUUAGCUGGUCUCACAUAACCUCAGAUGGCUUGGUCACGAUGUCUGCUGGGAAAAUUUCUUGUUUGAAGAAGCUGUGGUUGAGUCACACGAAUCUUUUCUAUACACUUAAAGGUGAAUCAUCUGUUGAUGGUCUCUCUCAUGUACUUGAGAGGGCUUUCCAUCUUGGGACACUUGACAUCUCUGGUCAAGGUCCUUGUCAUUAUUCACAUGUAAGAGCUGUCCAUUAUCUAUUGGCAUCUCAAACAAAGCUGAAAAAUUUAUCAAUACCACCAGAACUCUUUCUAACUGACACCAGUUCAUUUUCAGAAAUUAUUUCCAAUGUAUUCCACAUUUCUUUAUUUUCUGUAUCUGGGACAGGAGAGAGAUUUCCUACUGCUCUUCUUGUUGGUACUGGUAAUAUUCUGUCACAAGUGGUUCAGUGGAAGCAUCUCGAAUCUCUAACUUUAUCAUGGAUUCCUGCUAUGAGAAGCAGUGUUGGUCUAGUUAAUGUUGCUCAACAUUGCUAUUGUCUACGGCAGCUGUGUAUUAAAGGUGUUGGAUUACCUGGUCAUUCUUCAACAUUAGCACCACUUGCUGAAGCACUGAAACACUGUAAACGGCUAGAGAUUUUUUGUUUGGAGCAAAAGUAUUUCAACUUCUCACUACAUUUUGGUGAUUGUUUGUCUGCAUGUACCAACUUGAAGUUAUGCCAUUUGAAUCUACUUGGGGGACGUGUUGAUCUACAGUCUGUAUUGCAAGUAUUGGAGAGAUGUAGCUGCUUGAUGGGUUUUGCGUUGUUUUCUGGCAUGAAAACAACAGAUUGUAAACGUUUGUUGAAGAGUGCCCGAUCAAUAGAUGUUUACUUAAUUAAGUAUGUUUAUAAAGAAUAUAAAGAAUAAGUUAUCAUACAAAUUUGAUGAGCUUUCAACCGGGAAGCAAAUGUCUGACUACUUCAUAUACAGUAAGAGAGAAUUUUAUUUAAUUGGCAGCAUGUGUUUUUUGUCAUGUUAGUUGUUGACAGUCUUGUACAUGUGUAUGCUUGUCAAUUUUCAGGUGUGGAAAUGAGGUUCUUCUGCUCAUCAGAAACGUAAGACCGGAGACUGUGGACUACCAAGAGUCACUGUCCAAACAGUUUCUUAUGACAGGACAGCUGAAUCAAUUGUUUCCUCUGUAUUGAUGAACUCAUGUAUAAACGUGAUUUUUUUCUCUAAUUUUACUAUUAAUGAAUGAAUGAUUGAAUGAAUGAAUUUAGUGUUGUCA